AUGAAGACAUCCCUAAUGAUUCUUCUGGUCCUGUCCGUCAUCCACGUCACCUCGACUGCCGCAGCCACGUCAUCCGCCUCAAUGCGUCGUUUCAUUGUGAAAAAUGAAGUGUUCAUGGGUAGACGUGUGCCCGACUUCUGUAUGGAGUACUUUGAGAGCUCAUCGGCCAAACUCAAGCUCGAUAAUAUCAACCGUGAGCUGAUCGCAGAUGCGUUGGAAAGCCAAUUCGAUUGGAAACUUCAGGAGGAAUACGCACGCCUCCAAAUGAGAAUCCAAGAUUUGGCUGAAAAGCAGUACGCUGAUCACAUCUGCGAUGCUGCCGAGUUCUCUCCAACAAUUCUUUCCGCUGAUUAUCAGUACACUUGUACAGAGAUCUGCCAAAACUGUAUGCCUGGCAGCGCCCCGAUUUGCUUCCAACGGAGUCCACGUUUUGCUGGUCUCGCCCAAGUGUGCCUGUGCACCUACGACCUUCUGAAUCCUGUGGAGAACGCCGCCUUCUCGCUCCGUCAUGAAAAACGAGUUUUUAGCCGAAAAAUUCGUCGAACUUGA